UAGUGAACUUUCGUAUGCAGUUCACGACGUGUCACCUUCGACGGUUCAAGAACUGUGCCAUAAAGUGUCCAAGUAGUUAAAACGUCUCAAUUGAAGAUAAUUUGUUGUAUAUAAGUGCACGGUGUUUGUUUAGCAGUUUUUCGUGAAAAUCUUACUGUGUUGAUAAAACGUGUCGGCCAUUAAGAAAAGAAAAGAAAGCGCCAUAGUGAAAAGUCGAAUGUGAGGAGUCGAAGAAGUCACGGACGAAGGAAAUGGGCACGAAAGUACUCAUCGAGAUGCAACAGCAGCUGAGAUACGCCAUGUCCAGCUCGAAAAAUGCAGAAACUAGUACGAAGAAAUUAGACGACAUGAUGGAUAUCGACAAUUCAAUAUUUCUAGUCUUCGAAGACAUUUCAUACAGUGCGAAACCGUGGUUAUUUUCCAAACAGAAGUACGAACUGUUGAAAAACGUGAGCGGCGAAUUCAGAGCCGGUGAACUGACCGCAAUUAUGGGACUGUCCGGUGCUGGAAAAUCUACUCUGAUGGAUGUUUUGACGGGCUUUACAACGUCUGGUGUAACUGGAAAUAUAAUGGUCAAUUCGAAAGCUAGGAAUCUCGAUGAAUUUCGACGAUUGUCUGCGUAUAUAAUGCAAAACAACAAUUUGCAGCCACUGUUGACCGUGCAAGAAGCAAUGAACGUCGCUGCUGAUCUCAAGCUCACCGUGAGCCACCAAGAAAAAAAGCAAAAGGUGGAUCAAAUUUUAGUCACAAUGAGCCUGGAAUCAUGCCGCCACACGCGCACAGAUCAGCUCAGCGGUGGAGAAAGGAAAAGAUUGGCUAUUGCCCUGGAAUUAAUAAACAGUCCGCCAAUUCUGUUCUUCGACGAGCCGACUAGUGGAUUGGAUAGCGUCACUUCGAAGUACUGUAUAACAUUGUUGAAGCAGUUAGCGAAGGCUGGACAAACGGUGAUCUGCAGUAUUCAUCAGCCUAGCGCGUCGCUUUUGAACAUGAUGGACCACCUGUACGUCAUCGCGGAAGGAAGUUGUGUGUACAGCGGCAGCACGCAGAAUUUGGUGCCUUAUUUGAGCAGCCUAGGCUUGCAGUGUCCUACGCACUACAAUCCAGCUGAUUAUUUAAUGGAAAUCUGCAACGGUGAUUACGGCAAGCAUCUGCCGCAGAUGGUGGAAGCCAUCGAGAAUGGGAAAAAUAACGCUUGGAGGUCGACCAGCAAUGCGACCACCGCCAAUCAUCAGGAGGAAGUGAUCGCUUUGAACGUGACGGCUUCGUUCCAAGCACUUCGACAACGGUCUCCAAUGGAGAUGCAACAGGUUACUACCGACAAACACCUUGUGUCUGAUUAUGCGACCAGUUUUUGGAAACAGCUAGUCAUUCUUCUUAAAAGAAAUGCUAUCAGACUCUCGAGAGACAAGAUCUUAACUUUUACGCGGCUUUCGAUGCAUUUCGUAAUCGCCCUGAUCGUUGGCACGAUCUACUUCAAAGUUGGCCAGGAUGCAGUGUAUGUGUUGGACAAUUUCAACCUUCUAUUUUUCAAUAUAAUGUUUCUCAUGUUUAGUGCGUUCAGUGCAACAGUAACGACGUUUCCAUCGGAGUUACCAGUCAUCAUGCGUGAACACUUCAAUCGUUGGUAUAAGUUACAUUCAUUUUAUCUUGCUAAUAAAUUGGCCGACAUACCCAUUCAAUUCGGAGCCAUUUCCUUGUACAUUCUCAUUGUAUAUUAUAUGAGCGAUCAACUGUUGGAACUUCAACGAUUUUGCCUAUACACGUUAAUGUGUUUCGCUAUUACUAUGGUUGCUCAAAUGUUUGGCCUUUUAGUUGGAACUGGAAUGAAAGUGCAGCACGGAAUGGUAUUUGGACCAUUCUUCACAAUUCUUCCAUUUUUGAUGUUCAGCGGAUUCUUUGUUCAAUUCAGAGACGCUCAUCCGUACUUACGAUGGCUAUUUCAUUUGUCAUUUCUUAAGUAUGGCUUCGAAGGUGUAAUGAUCGCCAUUUACGGUUACGACAGACCUAAGCUUUCAUGUUCGGAUGUUUAUUGUCACUUUGCAAUACCAGAGACGUUGUUAAACGCUGUGGACAUGAAACAAGCCAAUUAUUGGUUUUGUUUGAUCGUGUUGGUCUGUCUAUAUCUCAUGCUGGACAUUGGAACGUACGCAUUGCUGAAACUGAAAUUAGAAAAACGUGUGCUGUGUUCAGUGUAA